AUGCCACAGGAUCUCAUUCGCAAGGAAUACACCAUACGAGAGAUCAAGCUUAACACGCGGACAAAUAAGGCCGAUCGCAUAAAGGGCCUCCGCCGGUAUGAUGAGCUGGUAAACAGGGGCGAAGGCCCUACAUCUGCAUCGACAAUGGCUUCUGGCAACAUCCGUCGUACCAAGCACUGCAUGUUCCGCUUAGCGAAUGUCAACUUUGAUCGAGCUGAUUUAGACGACCCCCAGUUUUCUGAGAAAUCUCUUUUCUGGCGCGAUGGAACCAUUGUACCGCAUAAUGCCGCAAAGUUGGAAGAACUUUGGAAGGAGCUGACGUCCUUCUUCACGGAUGUGCUUUAUUUGUGGUACUGGACCAAGGUAGAAAUUUUGGCUUUAGUUUGUUUGCUGUCAUACCUUGUAUAA